UAUUUGUUUAAAUAUUUGGAAAUAAGUCAAAUUGUAAAACAUGGCACAAAGUGCUGCUUUAUUAACCCGUUUAUUGGCUUAUUCUGUGACAGCAGCUAAAAGAGCUGGUAAAAUCAUAAGAGACAUUAUGAGCCAAGGAGACUUGAAUAUUGUUGAUAAAGGAAAAAAUGAUUUACAAACAGAAGCUGAUAGAUCAGCACAAAGGUGUAUUGUAACUUCUUUAACUAAACAAUUUUCAGAUGUUACUAUCAUAGGUGAGGAAGAAUCUUCCAGUUGUGAAGUACCUACUGAUUGGGUUGUCACUGAAAUGGAUCAAGAGGUUUUGAGUAUAAAUCUUCCAACUAAUUUAGAAAAUGUUAAUGCUUCAGAUCUAUGUGUAUGGGUAGAUCCAUUAGAUGGAACUUCAGAGUAUACUCAAGGUCUUGUAGAGCAUGUGACAGUUUUAAUUGGUGUUGCUUUUAAAGAUAGAGCAAUUGCAGGUGUUAUUCAUCAACCUUAUUUCAGAAAUUCAGAAAGUAAUUCUUGGGGAAGAACUAUAUGGGGUAUUGAUGGAGUUGGAGUUAAAGGAUUCCAGCCAAUUUCACCCAUAGAUGGAGAACGAAUUAUUACUACAACCCGUUCACAUUGGGAUAGUACUGUACAAGGUGCUUUGGAUGCUUUAGAGCCAACUAAUAUCCUACGAGUUGGUGGUGCGGGUUACAAAGUUGUUCUUUUGUUAGAAGGAAAAGCUCAUGCAUAUGUUUUUGCUAGUAAAGGUUGUAGACGCUGGGAUACUUGUGCACCUGAAGCUGUUUUACAUGCUGUAGGUGGAACUCUUACUGAUAUUCACGGUGAAAGAUACUCGUAUAAUUCUAAAACAAGUUAUCCUAAUAAAGGCGGUGUCUUAGCUACAGCUCCAGGACAGAUACAUCAAUGGUACCUUGCACGUAUUCCCAGUGAAAUAAAACAAAGGUUAAUAUAAGUUCAGUUUUGGGCAAUUGAUUUAUUACAAUAAUAAAAAUAAUUAUGUGUAGAAAUAAAUAAAUAAAUAAAC